CACUCCGGCGAUUUGCUACCUGUUUCAGAUAGACGCACGAGUGCGCUUUACCUCUCCAGGCACAGCCAAAUGGACCCGGCGGACUUGACGUGAUUAUAUGUAAAAGGAACCUAAAGAAACUAGCAAUGUCUUACAGUUGCAUUAUGCGCUGCCGCAGGUUAUUACUUGUGUGUUUGUUGAGGAGGUAACAGAGGAGGUAUUGCAUGCCAACAUGGAUUGCCUUUUUCUUUUGCUAUGGACUUUGCCUAUCCCACUUGUCAGCUGCACAUCAGUGAAGAUUUUAUCCACUCUGUGGUUCUGGAACACAUUGAAGACGCUGCAUAUCUACUGCUCACAUUCCAUUUACUCUGUUUCGUCCACUUUUGCCAGUGACACCAGUGGACUGAAUCACGAUUACGUGUUUGUGACGCCAAUUGAGGUGGAUGCUCAGGGUGGGUAUGUGACCCACGAUAUGCUGCGGCGAGGCCGGAAUAAGAGGUCCCUGCCAUCCAUGAGGGGCCCUGUACACUACAGUCUAUCUGCCUUCGGGUGGGACAUGCACCUGGACUUACAGCCUUCCAUGGUAGUGGCAGAGGGCUUCACAGUACAGGUACUGGGGACAGAGGGCAUCACCACAUUGGCACAGGAGCCAGCCCAUCAGGACUGCUUGUAUCAGGGAUUUAUACACAACUUCACAGCUUCCUCUGCAGCCAUAUCUACAUGUUCUGGCUUGUCAGGUCUGAUCCGGAUGUCUGAUGAGGAGUACUUCAUCGCUCCCUUGCCCCAGCACCUAGCUGCAGAGCACAACUACAGCUCCCCGAGUGGACACCACCCACACGUGGUCUACAAACGCUCGGCUGAACACAAAGUCCAUGGUGGCCAGGGAUCAAUCCACAGCUCGCAACCUGACAACCCAUAUCUGCAGCACCAUCAUCAGCAUCACCACGACGACCAGCACGGGAAGCUGCAGAGACAACACUUCUGUGGACGCCGCAAGCAAUACACUCCCAAGCCCCCUGCUGAGGAUCGUCUCGUCAUGCCUGAUGAGUUUGAGCUCCCAGGCAGGGCGAAGCGAUCACCCAUCACAUCUAACAAGGUGGGGGGCCUGAAUGUGGAAACGCUGGUGGUGGCAGACAGGAAGAUGCUGGAGAAACACGGCAGAGAGAACGUCACCACCUAUGUCCUCACUGUUAUGAACAUGGUUUCCAGCCUUUUCAAAGACGGCACCAUCGGAACUGAUAUCAACAUUGUGGUGGUCAGCCUGCUUCUUCUAGAGCAAGAUCCACUCGGCCUGUCCAUCAACCACCACGCUGACCAGUCUCUCAACAGUUUCUGCCAGUGGCAGUCGGGCCUGAUCGGGAAGCGCCACGACCAUGCUGUGCUCCUCACCGGCCUGGACAUCUGCUCUUGGAAGAAUGAGCCAUGUGACACCCUGGGUUUUGCUCCUAUAAGUGGAAUGUGUAGUAAAUACCGGAGCUGUACGAUUAAUGAAGACACAGGACUGGGGUUAGCUUUCACCAUCGCUCAUGAAUCAGGCCACAAUUUUGGGAUGAUCCAUGAUGGAGAGGGGAAUCCUUGUCGGAAAGCAGAAGGAAACAUCAUGUCUCCAACCCUGGCAGGAAACAACGGGGUCUUCUCCUGGUCUGCCUGCAGUCGCCAAUACCUCAGCCACUUCCUUGGAACAGCUCAAGCGUCGUGUCUGGUGGAUGAGCCCAGGCAGAUUGGGCAGUAUAAAUACCCAGAGAAGCUCCCAGGCCAGCUUUAUGAUGCUGACACACAGUGCAAGUGGCAGUUUGGCUCCAAGGCUAAACUGUGCAACCUGGACUUUGUCAAGGACAUCUGUAAGUCACUGUGGUGCCACAGGACAGGUCACCGGUGUGAGACCAAGUUCAUGCCAGCCGCCGAGGGCACCAGCUGUGGGACUGACCUGUGGUGUCGGCGAGGCCAGUGUGUGAAGUAUGGUGACCACGGUCCGAGAGCUGUCAACGGUCAGUGGUCAGGGUGGUUUGAGUGGUCGGACUGUUCCAGGCCCUGUGGGGGAGGGGUUAUGUACAGGGAGCGAUCCUGCACCAGCCCCAGGCCACAACACAAUGGGAAGUUUUGCCAGGGCUCCGCUCGUCUCAACCAGCUCUGUAACACAAAGCCGUGCCAGCCAAGCGGAGUGGACUUCCGUGCCCAGCAGUGUGCUGAGUACAACAGCAAACCCUUCAGGGGCUGGUACUACAAAUGGAAGCCCUACACCAAGGUGGAAGCUGAGGAUAUCUGCAAGCUGUACUGCAUCGCUGAGGACUUUGCCUUCUUCUUUGCCAUGGCCAGCCAAGUCAAGGACGGGACAUCCUGCUCAGACCACAGAGGUGACGUGUGCAUCGAAGGAGCCUGUGAGCCGGUGGGUUGUGACCAGGUCCUGGGCUCUAAGGCAACUCUGGAUGCCUGUGGAGUUUGUAGAGGGGACAACUCCACCUGCAAGUUCUUCAAAGGCCAGUACGUCGUCCAGCACAGAGCUAACGAAUACUACGCCAUGGUGACCAUCCCACCUGGAGCACGGAGCAUCCAUGUUCAGGAGAUGGAGGUCUCCACCAGCUACCUGGCUGUACGCACCCUGAAGAGGAAGUACUAUCUGACAGGGGACUGGACUGUGGACUGGCCUGGAAAGUUCCAGUUCGGUGGGACGGUGUUUGACUAUCAGCGCUCUUUCAACCGCCCAGAGAGCCUGUACGCGGCCGGACCCACUAAUGAGACCCUGGUCUUUGAAAUCCUGCUGCAGGGUAAGAACCCGGGUGUGGUGUGGGAGUACACCUUGCCUCGCAGUGAGAGGAAACCCAACUACACAUGGGGAGUGGUUCGCUCCGACUGCUCUGCUCUGUGUGCUGGAGGUCAGAUCUCAACAAAGGCCAUCUGUUUUCAAGAUCAGCGGACCCAAGUCAACUCGACACAGUGCAACCCUCAGACCAGACCAGUGCUCAGCUCUCACCUGUGCAACACACAGCCCUGCCCAGCCUACUGGACGACAGGGAACUGGGGGCCCUGCAGUCAGUCCUGUGGGGGCGGCCAACAGACACGUCACAUCCAGUGCUUGCGUAAGGUGACGUACCAGCGAGAGGAGGUGGUGGCUCACUCCCUGUGCCCCGUCCUCGCCCCGGCCCAGGUGCUGCCUUGCCACGCCAACGCUUGCCCACCUGAGUGGAGCUCGGGGGUCUGGUCACAGUGUUCCAAGUCGUGUGGGCGUGGGAUGAGGAAGCGCGGCGUGUUCUGCAGGAGCACUGACCCCGGAGCAAAGGCCGUGGUUGUGCCGGACAGUAUGUGUAAGCCACACCUCAAACCCAAGGCCCAAGAGACCUGCGUUCUGCGCCGCUGCCCCAAGAAUGACCGGCUGCAGUGGUUCACAACACCCUGGGGCGAGUGCUCCACAUCCUGUGGCCCAGGUGUCAGAAGGAGAGAGCUACGUUGUGGGGAGAGGGAUUCACAGGGGGACUACACAGACUUCCCUAUGAGAAGGUGCAGGAACCUUCCCAAACCCUCUGGGGAUCUCCAGCAGACCUGCAGCAGGGGGCCGUGCCCAGAGCCUCGACUUGUCGCCCCAGGAAGGACAGCCAGUGCAGUGGUCCUGGGCUGGUACUCUUCUCCUUGGCAGCAGUGUUCUGUAUCCUGUGGGGGAGGGGUACAGUCCCGUUCUAUCCAGUGUCUGAGACAGGGACGUCCUGCAGCUGGAUGCCUGAACCACCAGAGACCCGUAACAUCCCGGGCCUGCAACACACACUUCUGUCCUGCUCCUCCUGCCCACCAGUCCUGUGUCGACUUCUUCAGCUGGUGUCACCUGGUUCCUCAGCACAGUGUGUGCAAUCACAAGUUCUACGGACAGCAGUGCUGCAAGUCCUGCAAUGGCAAAAAAGCUAUAAGAUUGGAGGACUCCUUAUUCCCAUGAGCCUCUAGCUGCAAAUUGGAGGGAAAUGGCAUAAUAUGCGCUACAACUCUAAAGGACACUGAGGUUCAAAAAUACAUUUUGGGUCAUAAUGCAUGAGAGAACUGAGGCACAGUCUUUGUUCCUGGAGUACUUGACUAACAGUGAUUAGCGAAAUAAAAGAGAAUCACCUCCAUGUUUGUGGACACGUUGUGCUAACGAUGGCAAUGCGGGCAGAGACAUUCAUGCUAAAGCAGCGUCUUCUCAUAACUGGAAAUACAGUGCAACAAAUGAUUGCAGGACACUCUCUGUGUAAAUGCAUGUGUUGUACGCCCAGACGUUGUCAACAUCAAAAGAGCUCUAAAAACAUCUGCAUUUUUAGCUCACUGAUGUUUUUUUUUUAAUAUUUAAAGGCGUCUGGUUUCCGAUGACAUUUUAAGUUAUUAUGGCCCACAUGUUACUUAGCAUUUGUCAGGUGCACCAUGGGUUUAGUGUGCAGCAUGUGCACCAUGAUUCCAGCUCUUUUACAUGUAGAGGUAUGCCUACCGCGAAAGCUCAGCAGAUUCAAUCGUUAGACUGUACAUUGUACAUGUAAAACUUUCAAACUUGAUCACAACUCUCACAUGCACUUGUCAGGCCUGGUCCCUCUUAUCUGUCAUGGUUCAUAAUUGGUGCUUUACUGUGUAACGAGAUGCAGCACUUACAGUACAUGUGUACAUUCCAGACAUCUUCAUGUCGUGAAUACAUGCCUAUCUGUGUAUGAGAAAGUAGUGUUUGCUUACCCGUAUUGUAAUGUAUCCUCCAAGUGUCUUGUGAAAAUAUUGGUGCAAAGCUGACAGCUGCCGGGAUACCGUAGGUUCUUUCCCCCAUCCAUCAUAAUGAUAAGUAAACAUCCUCUGUAUAUUGGGCCAGCAGCACUGAACCUAGGUCCCUUCACACCGGGUAGAUAUGAUGCCAAAUCAUUAACUAGCGCUGGGUAGAGCCACAGAGGAUCCUCCAGACUUCCACCACUCAUUAAUGAAAAUCAAUGUCUGCAGGCUAGUAAAGGGAGCUGUGGAUGGGGCCGGGUCAGAGAAGAUGCUUUAUUUCCUCUGCCUGGCCAGGUGGGAGAUGUGGAGAGAAGUGGUGGGCGAGAGUU